AUGCUCGUAUGUAUAAUUCUAAAGAGGCCUGUUGAUUCUUUAGAUGAUCCGUCAGAUCAGUUUUUGGUAAAGAACAUACCUGCAACAUAUACGAAACUUGAAGGUAUUGACCCUGAGGAAAGGGAUGUGUUUGAAGGUUUUAGAACCUCUUUUUUGCCAGCCGAAGAAAUCUUGCUCGCGCAGAGAAAAUGGAAAAGGGCACUGUAUGAUGAAAAAAAGAUCGGAGACUCGUUUAUUUGGGAAAACACGGAUGAGAAAUUAGAAACACCAACUCGAACUAAGCGUAAAAGUCAUCUUCCAUAUUCUUCCACGGACUUUUUCGCAGAAGAUACCGGUGGAAACGUUGAUGAUGAAUAUUAUGAUUUAUCUAUAGAAAAUUAUACAUCUGAGGCUAGUCAUGAAACUGCGGAGACUAUCAAGAAUGACUUUAAUAAAAAAACUAUUUACCAAGAGAUUUAUGUAGACCGAGGGCCGUUGGAUGAUGUUGUAGAACAAGUGCGAAGGCAGCCAGAAUUAGAAGAAGGUGAAAUGGGUUCUUCUGCACAUUUAUACAAGCCUUCAAAUUUCCAUACGGGUAUUCAUGCCUUUUGGAAAGGUGAAGGAGAUCGAAUAACUAUCAGAAAGACACAGGCUAAUAUUAUGAAACAGUAUAUGGAUGCAGAAGCCGAUCCUUGUCAUGAUUUCUAUCAAUAUGCUUGCGGCAAUUGGGCUGCACUUAAUCCUAUACCUCCCGACAAAGCGGGGUAUGAUACGUUUGAGAUGCUUAGAGAAAAUUUGGAUGCAGUGCUUAAAGAUUUAUUAGAAUUUAAAAGUUUUGAAAAAGUUGAAAGUGUAUACCCCGGGCAACAUUUGGACAUAAAAAAACGUGGCCAUCAGCCUUUAUUGGAUUUGCUCGACUUACUGGGUGGUUGGCCUAUAUUAAAUCCAGAUUGGAAUGACAGCAAAUUCAAUUGGUUAGAACUUAUGGCAAAAUUGCGAGUUUAUAACAAUGACAUUUUAAUAUCUGAAUGGGUUGGACCUGAUAUAAAAAAUUCGGAUGAGUUCGUCAUUCAGUUCGAUCAAACAAGUUUAGGAUUGCCAACGAGAGACUACUUUUUACAAGAGUCUAAUAAAGUUUAUUUAGACGCUUAUAAAACUUAUUUGACGACAAUCGCACUACUCUUAGGCGGAAAAAUUGAUCAUGUGAAAAAAUGUGCUGAUAAAUUAAUUGAUUUUGAAAUAAAUCUUGCUAAAAUUACAUCGGCCCCAGAGGAUAGACGUAAUGUAUCCGAAAUCUAUCAAAGGAUGCCAAUUUGGAAACUGAUAGAUCUCAUACCUGAGGUCGACUGGAUACAGUACUUGUGUAUUGUAAUGAAUAAAACGAUCAAUGAAAACGAGACGAUUGUCCUUUUUGCACAUAACUACGUCUCGCAUCUCGUGAAAUUAAUAAAUAAAACGGAAGCAGACACUUUGGCAAAUUAUCUCUUGUGGCGAUUUGUUAGACACAGGGUUAACAACCUCGAUGACCGUUUUCAAUCAGCAAAACAGCAGUUCUAUUAUGUUCUUUUCGGACGCGAAGAAGCACCACCGAGAUGGAAGAAUUGCAUAUCUCAGGUGAAUUCGAAUAUGGGCAUGGCAUUAGGUUCAAUGUUCGUUCGGAAGUAUUUUGACGAGAUGAGCAAAAAUGAUACUCUCAAAAUGACCAGAGAGAUUCAGCAAUCAUUCAGGGAGAUUUUGCGCACGACUCACUGGAUAGACGAUGCAACUAAAAAACUGGCUCGUCACAAAGUAGACUCGAUGAUGUUAAGGAUCGGAUAUCCUGACUUUAUUCUUAAUAAGAAAGAAUUGGAUGAUAGAUACAAGGAAGUGAAAAUUCAUCCGGACAAAUAUUUCGAAAACAUUUUGAAUAUAUUACAGCAUCUGACAAAAAUGGAACAGUCACGAAUCGGACAGCCAGUGAAUAAGUCACUUUGGAACACGGCACCAGCGGUGGUCAACGCAUAUUACAGCCGGAAUAAAAACCAAAUCAUGUUCCCGGCCGGUAUUUUGCAGCCCCCAUUCUACCACCGUCAUUUUCCGCGCUCAUUGAACUAUGGCGGCAUUGGUGUUGUAAUUGGUCAUGAAAUUACCCAUGGAUUUGACGAUAAGGGGCGCCUGUUCGAUUGUGAGGGCAACUUGCACCGUUGGUGGUCCGAUCCAGCCAUCGAGGCGUUCCACAACCGAGCCCAAUGCCUCAUCGACCAAUACGGGCGUUAUGUUGUGCCCGAAGUCAAUAUGAAACUCGAUGGCGUUAACACUCAGGGAGAAAAUAUAGCAGAUAACGGUGGUGUAAAACAAGCCUUUCACGCGUACCUAAAAUGGCUUGAGCAUCACGAUGCGAAGGACGAAACCUUGCCUGGAUUAAAUCAUACACAUACUCAACUAUUCUUUCUCAACUUUGCACAGGUGUGGUGUGGCGCAAUGAGGCCGGAGGCGAUGAGGAACAAGCUGAAGACGGCGGUGCACUCGCCCGGCAGAUUCCGCGUCAUCGGAACCCUGUCAAACUCCAAAGACUUCGCAAAGGAGUUUGGGUGCCCGCCGGGCUCGCCGAUGAACCCCAAACAGAAAUGUUCGGUGUGG